GCGGGCACCGCAGAGAACCAGCCGUCGAGACGCAUCUGGAGCUGUUCCUGAAAAAUUGUCGAGUAGAGCAUCAAGUAUAACAUCAAUUGCUUUGGUUGGCCUGCCAAAAUGCUUCUUGAAGAAGACCCAGCCACGCUGAUCCACCACACCGUUACCAACUUCAACAUCCAGCCUGACAAACAAACCGUUACGCGCAUCAACGACUCCCUCUCCUCCCUUCAGCAGUCCCGCGACCUCCGCAUCCGCGAUGCAGAAAUCUCCCUCCGCAAACUAGCCCGAAGCCUCAACACACUUACUGCCCAGCACAACGAGACCGUCGCGUCUCACGAUCCAGCCCGUCAUGCUGCGUCCAUAGUAGAACUGGACACGAAAAAAUUUCGAAUUGCGAAGGCGGCUUCGGAACUUGAGAUCGAGAGUGAAAGGUUGGAGGCCGAGCUCGAGGCGUUGAAAGCUAGGUUGGCAGAGCUCGAUGCUCAAGGCCUAGAAGGGGAUGAGCAGGUGAGAAGGGAGCGAGAGGCGGAUGAUGCGACGAUAUUACGGCUCAAGAUCUACCGCUCGCUGGGAAUCGAUGUCGAGGCUGAUGAGUCGGGGAACUAUACCAAGGCCAUCAUUCGGAAUAGUCGAAAGGGAGAUGUUCAUGUUGUGAAUAUAGAUCCCAAAUUCUCACGACUCUUUUAUGCGAAUUACUUCUGGCAGACAAUGCAGGGCUAGUGUACGGAUGGUAUGGUCUUUGGGUGGAGUUCUCUGGCGUUAAGAAUGGCGUUCUGAGUCCUGGUCAAUUGGUGAUGGUGCUUCUUGUUGUAUUGUCCUGUCGUGAUCUGUGGUGCCGCCAAUAGUAUACGGAGUACACAGUUCUCGCUUUUUCUGAGCGAUGACUGAAAACAAUUAAAUGUAUCAUUCAUGAGUACCC